GGAAACUUUAUCUUUCGUCUCUUCUCCCUUUUGAACACAAGUAGAUGUUAUUUGUGCAUGUGACAUAUUGCUCACUUUUGUCCUAAGCAUAUGAAGUUUACAAGGAUAUCGUGCGACUGAUGGCAUGAAAACUUUAUGUGAUGACUAGAAAGAUGUCGAGGACUGGUGUUGAUCUAUGGGUGAAGGCGGAACCCUUCAGCUAUGGUGCUCUUCCAGUGGCACCACACCCUCGCCUGAACUUUAGUAACAUAAAGAAAAUUCUUAUAUAUGCCAAGAGCAAAGGUAGUGCAGGAUUUCCAAAACUAAGCUACUCUGUAUGGAAGCAUAUUGCAUGUCACAAAAUGCAACUGACAGAAGAUCUUGCCUGGGUGUAUUUUGAAACUUGUUACUUCUUAACGACUGACAUGUUGGCAAUAGAGAGGGCUGAGCGAGUUAAAUCCAUUGGUGACUGUAAAACACCAGAGGAAGGAGUUCUGCAAAGAGCGAAGUACUCUAUAGACACUCUCAAGUUUGUCCUGUAUCUAUACAUUCAGCUACUGUACAAAGUGUCCCUCAGGGCAUCUCUUCUUGCUGGUGAUGAAUGGCCAACACAGACAAUGUCACUUGAUCUAGAUGGUCGCUCAACACCAAGAAGCUCAAAGUCACUGGAUGAUCAUAGCCAUCUGGUAUUUAUUCAGUCCAACAUAGCAGAAAUAAUUGAACUUCUUUCAGAACAAGAUGCCAGCAAAAGUGGCAGCAUUUCAGAGAACAGCACAGUUCAUGGAUCCCUAUCACUUUCAGCAGUUGAGGCUUUAAGUUUCAUCAUCACCGGCUGUAUAGAAAAAUCUGUGGAGAAAAAAACCAUCAUGCCAUUGCAAGACAUAGCUGUUUUACAGUCCAUUCAGUAUUAUAGUGGAUAUUCAAAGGCUACUAAAACAUUCAGUCUACGUCAGUUUCUAAUCUGGCUCAAGGAUAAUCUUAUAAUGAACCCAUACAGUGUGUCUGCAUGUAUUGCUCUGGGAACUCGUCUUUCCUGGCCAUUUGGGGGUGAGGGGGAAAGAGAUGCUACCACAGUUUCUACAAGCACAAAGAGAGGAAAGAUAGCAACCAAUGCUCAAAUUGUUCCCAAAGAGCAUGUGACUGGAAACAAGCUCAUCAUAAUGAGCCAAGUCAGUAAGCAGACAAUAGCCAGGAGUUCUGGAACACUGGAAAGGAGCACAAUCAAAAUUCACCGGAGUCACUUUUCCUAUAUCUACUUGCUUUCUCCCCUAAGGUCAGUAACAGUUGAGAAAUGCCGCAACACUACAGUGGUGCUUGGUGCCAUUGAGGCCUUUGUUCACAUCAGCAACUGUGAGGGUGUCACUGUCAUCUGCCCAUGUCGAAGCAUAAUGAUCAGUGGCUGCACACAGUGCACAUUCUAUUUACUGACAUCUAAUCGACCCUUGCUGCUUAGUGGCAAUAAAAAACUCAUGCUGGCACCCUACAAUACUUACUACUCUCACCUAGAAGAACACAUGUCAUAUGCUGGGCUAACAGCUUCCGUCAACCUUUGGGACAACCCCCUCUGCAUUGGACCAGAUCACAGUGAUGAAACGCCUGCAUGGGAACUGCUGCCACCUGCAGACUUUGGCAUCUCUGUUAUUCCUUUCCAGAUGGAUGGCCCAACUAAAUCUAUUCCUGGAGGUCUCCCUGGGCGAUACCAUCGGGCAGUUGUCCAGCGACAAAAACAGGUUGAUAGCUGGCAGCGUACUGUGAAAGAAGCAGGUCUCAACAGAGAACAACGUCGAGAAUUUCAGGCUUUGGUAGAGAGCAGAUUUCACAUGUGGCUGGCUGAGACUGGACACAAGCGGGAGCUGGACAGUCUGGCUGUUCCCCAGCAGCAUCAUGGUCAGUCUUGAGUCAGUGGUAUUGACCAGUCACUUCUAUGAAGAGGGCAUUGAUUGUUCUCUGCUCUGCCUGAAGACUUAGGGAAAGACUUCAGCUUAGUACAAAGACUUUACUCAGCCUGUUACAGACCAUGAAACAUGCACAGAUUAAACAUCUUUUUCAUAGCCAAGGACUAGCAGUUAUCAAAAGUUUACAUUGACAGUACGCUGAUCCAUUCAUGGAUAUUUAAUUGUUUAAUAAUAAAAUUCAGGAUCUGGCAUGAUUAAAAUUAUCUACCAUCUUUGCAACCCUUCUGCUUAGAGUCAGUAGUUAACUGAAAUUCUAAAGAACAUGAAUCAAAAGUGACAACCAUCAAGUUGAGCAGAUGCCUUGAUAAUUUUGGAAGAUAAUAACUCCAAAAACAAUUUGAAGGAAAAUUAUUUUUGACAAAUGUUGGGUGGUAAAACACAGCAUCCCCUGAGCCAAACAUUAAAAGCCAGUAUUUUAUGUGGAAUUCGAGUGCUAUUUUUGCUACUUGUGUAAGCAAGUUUAGGCCAUUCAUGGUUUUUAUUUUCAAAAGUAGUGAUUUUUCCCUUUUACAGAAUUUUUAUUCUGGUGAAAUCAUUCCAUAACCUAGUGGCUGUCUCCAGGAUAUGGUACAUGGAAAGUAGAACCCCUCUCCUUCCACCUCAUGCUCUGUUAAAUCAGUACCAACUAAGUGUAUAACUUUCUAGUCACGUCCCUCAAAGCCUUGUACCCAUUGCUGAGAUAAUAGGUGUCAUGCUCUUUGUAUUUGAACGCUGGUUUCAAUGAAUGAGAAGUGCAAGUAAUAAGUAUUGCGAAAAGUAUGUGAUGAACCUGGAAGAGCUAUUUAUCUGUCACAGGAAGAUUCUUACUUGCUAUUUCAAGUUCCUUUAUUAUUUUCUUAAGCUUAAUGGUGUUAGAUGUAUAAAUUUUAGCUUACAAACUAAACUGAACCUCUACUCAAUUCCACAAAUAGUGAUUUUUCUGAUGCAGCUUGAUAAUAACUGCACAUCUACUUAAAGUUAACAGAUUUUUACACAUAUUUACCAUGCACUCAUCAACAACAAAGCUCAUUCAAAGUGAAUGUAUAAUUUAUUUUGCUAAUAAUCUGAAGAAAACAAUAUUAUAGUGGUGUUUUUAAAAGAACUUGUGUGCAUUUUAAAUAAAUGUUUCAAUUAGCUUAUAAGUCAUAAGAAGAUAAACAUGCAAAAAAUUGUAAGCAUUUCAAUAAUUUGUAUCCCUUUUUUUUUUUCCACACACAUCAAAGUUCAAAGAUAACAAUGAUCCUAUAACUUAAACAUUAAGUGAAGGUGAAUAUAAGAAAAUUUUCCUACAAAAAUUCUCAAGAACUGGGGUCUGUUGCUAACAUUUUUCCAUGUUUAUAAGAGAAACUUUGUGCAAUCACUAAUGCCAAAAUUGGUAAGUCAACAUUGAUAACCUUGACAUCUGCAUGUAAUUGCUUAAAUGUCUGUAAUGAAUAAUGCUCCAUAUUUCGUUAGUAUAACAAUAGGCACACUAGGAAGUGAUGUUUAAAGACAAAAAUGUAAAUAUAUAUUUAUAUGUUUGCUUAAGUUAUUUUUUAAGAAAAUGCCUGUAAACAAAAUAAAACAAACAACAGAUUGCACCUUUUAUGCGGGUACUUGAACAAACAUGUCUAUGAUUUAUGCCCCUUUAAAUACCAUGAGGAUUGGCUUUGUUCAGAUCCCACUGUAGGCACGCUAUUCUUUCUCUGCAUGUGGCACCUGUUUACAGGCCUGGCAGCUUUGCCAUGAUAUAGCCUAAGUUGCUGGUUUGGCAUAAAACAUCAAUUCCCCACCUUAACCUUUAAAGGCUAAUCCAACUCCAAAUUUCAUGAUUUUUUUUUUUAUAAUUGGUAUAGCUAGUUCAUUAAUAGAUCAUAAUUCUUGAAGUCAGGGAACAUUCAGCAGACACAUUGCAGUUCUUAACAAAUCCAUGAACUCACGCAUGUCAACUUGCUCAUUGGGCUAUGCUUCAUGACAAUAUGCUCAAAGCUUUCAUAUUGUCAUUUCAGUGACAUCACCAGCACAAAUUUAGGUCAAUCCAUGCAUUUUUAAAAAAAUAAAAUACUGAAAAUUUA